AUGGCUGACAAACAGACCAGGCAAGUCUGCCAGAGGAAACCCUCCACCAACAAGAACAUCAAGAAGCUCCGGACCAUUAGCGCGGUGUGCAGCCUGGCGAAAAGCUGGCAGCAGUGGGCGUCGGAGAAUGAGAAGAAGCAGGCUAGUGAACCCAGUGGCUGGGUUCCAUCUUCACUUGAAGAACCAAAUGAGGAACCCAAAAGAACAUGGGUCCCAAAGAAACCUCCCAUUACUCAAACCCAGCCAGCAGACGUUUCUCUCAAUAGUGCAACUAGUUCUAAAGAGGUCAAAACGUCAUUGACACCUCACAAGAAAACUGAAGAUGCAUCCAUGAAUGAAGAGAUUAACCAGUCACCACAAGCUGCGUCUCGCAUCAAGACAAAGCAAGUGGUGAAGACAGUGACCAGUGGGAUUCAGGAGAAGAGUGUUGGCAUCAGUGUCCUCACAGAGAAGAUCAAGAAGGAGUCUCUGCCAUCAGAUGAGGAGAUUGACAAGCUGCUGAAGAAGAGCUCACCUACACGGCGCAGGAAGUGCUCCAACAUGGUGUCAUCACUGACCAAAAGCUGGAAGCAGGUGGAGAACACAGAGAAGCUUGGGGGACCAGGAGAAGGACGCACCUGUAGUGUUAAUAAAGAUGACGAUGGAUACUCUGAGGCAAAGGGAAAGCAAAUGGACAUAGAGGAUGUUCUAACAAACAGGACAAGCUUUUUAAAAGAAGCAGAGCAAAAAGACUCUGAAGGAGACACUGAGUCAGGCCUGAGGAUUAAAAGAGCCCUAAUCUCAUCGUACAAAAAGGAAGCUGAGGAUGCCAUCAAGAUCAGUGCCUACUCCAAGAAAUACAGCCCUGUGGGAAACCUUAAGAGCCGCUGGCAGGACUGGGCCUCAGAUCACAGCAUUAGACAGAAACUAAACCCCUUCAGUGAAUACUUUGACUAUGAUUACUCCAUGUCCCUCCGCCUCCAGAAAGGACAGGAGGGUUACGGACGUCCUAAGGAGGGUAGCAAAACAGCAGAGAGAGCCAAACGUGCCGAGCGACACAUCCUCCGUGAGGUUGACGACAUGUGUUUCGUGAUCAGAACUCUGGCUGAUCCAGACCCGGAUGGGAAGACCCGUAUCACGUUUGGAGAGCUGUUUGACAGAUACGUUCGGAUCUCUGAUAAGGUGGUGGGAAUUCUGAUGAGAGCUAGGAAACACGGGAAGGUGGAAUUUGAAGGAGAGAUGCUAUGGCAAGGCCGGGAUGAUGAUGUGAUCAUUACUUUGCUGGUGUGA